AUGGACUUUCCGACCGAUGUGGCGGAGUUUGAUAGCGACCCGCGCAUCUCGUACUCAAAACUGGACAACACCUUCCUACUUGAGACGAGUGACGGUCGUGAGUUCCUGUUCAAUAGUAUUCUGAAGAGAUGGGUCGAAUCGAUCGACGAGGCGCUUAUCCGCAAGCAGCAAGGGUACGGCUCUGAUGACGGCGAUACUGAGAUCAUUCAUCCGCGCGACCGUAAGAAGCGAAAGAACUCGCACGAUGAGACCGACGAACCCAAGGUCAAGAAGCCCCGUGUGAACACCGCUGUGUGGGUCACCAAGAUCCCCGGUGACGCUGAGUUGUCGGAGAUUCAAGACUUGUUCUCGAAGUAUGGAAUCCUUGCUGAGGAACUUGACACUGGAAAACCGCGAAUUAAAAUGUACACCGACGAAUAUGGCAAUUUCAAUGGCGAGGCCUUGGUCGUGUACUUCCGGCCGGAGUCAGUGGACCUCGCGAUUCAGUGCCUCGACGAGACGGACUUCCGAAUGGGUCCCCGCAACCCAUCUGGACCGAUGCGUGUUCAGCCGGCCGACUUUUCCUACAAGCGUGAACAGGAUGUGCAGCCGAAGGUUAGCAUGACUGUGAAGGAGAAAAAGAAGCUUAAGGAGCGGGCAGAGCGGUUGAAUAAGAAACUUUCCGACUGGGGUGACGAUGAAGCUGAGCAGGUCAUGGAGGCGAUGAAGGCUGCUGAGGAGGCUAGAAGACAUGUGAUUUUGAAACAUAUGUUUUCACUGGAGGAACUGGAGGAGGACCCGCUCGCCAGUAUUGAGAUUCAACAGGACAUCGAGAGCGAGUGCUCUAAGAUUGGCCAUGUGACCAAAGUGGUCGUCUGGGACGGGGAAGCUGAUGGUGUUGUUACUGUCCGAUUUGUGGCAUCAGCCGAUGCACGUCGCUGUGUUCAGACCAUGAGCGGCCGUUACUUCGGAGGCAAUACUGUUCUUGCCUACAUCUGGGAUGGCGAGGAGAAAUUCAACAAGUACCACCCCCGACGAGACGCAGCGGGCAAAAAGGUAAACCCUCUGGAUGCAGACAACGAUGAGGCCGAGCGCCUUGAGCGGUUCGGAGAUUGGCUGGAAAGCGGCGGAAACCAGAAGACCGACAAGAACCAGGAGACCGACCAGAAGCAGGAGACCGACACCCAGAAGACUGACGAUGGCGGGGACAAGAGCCAGGAAACUGGUAAGAACUAG